AUGCGCGCCUACCUGACUCUGGCAUUAGGUGCCAGCUGUGCUCUGGCGCAAUCGACAGUCCAGUUAUUCAAUUUCUCGAGCUAUGUCGAUAUCGAAAAUAGCGCUCUUCGGCCGAACGGUAAUCUCCUCCUCACUACCUUUGACCAAGGCCGUCUCUACACCCUCGACCCGUCCGGUCGCAACCCCCAGGCUCAGCUAGUCGCCGCCCUCCCUGGAGCCACCGCUCUCUGUGGAAUAACAGCCAUUGAUCAUGACAAAUUUGCCGUUGUUGGAGGAGUUAGAGGUAGUUACAGCUACACUAACGAAACUCUCUACUCUGUCGACUUCACCGGAAAUUCUGCCAAGCCUAUCAUCCGAACAAUUGCUCGAAUCCCUAAUGCUGUGAUGCUCAAUGGUAUGGCUUCGCUGCCAACACAACCGCAUAUCGUUCUGGUUGCGGAUUCACGACUUGGAUAUUUGUUUCGCGUUGAUACAAGAACGAGUGUCUCGAAAAUAGCUUUCAAGGAUGAUGCUCUGGCUGCACCUUCAAAUGCAAGCAUUCCAAUUGGAAUCAAUGGGAUAAAGAUCGGACAGGGUUAUGUGUACUUUACAAACACGGCCCGGGGAACUUUCUCACGAAUCUCUGUCAGUGAGGAUGGGCUGGAGUUCGGCAGCGUGGAGACGAUCGCUACUUUGGAUGCCGGCGAUACCGGGGACGACUGGGAUGACUUUGCCUUGGAUGCAGAUGGUGUCGCGUAUGUUGCACAGCCUGAUAAUUCUAUCGCAAGAAUUCAGCCAGAUGGGGGACAAACUAUCGUUGCAGGUGGAGGAGAGACCGAGGAUAUCAUUGGGCCUACUUCUGUUCAGAUUGGGCAGAACGGGGAGUUGUACGUUACUACGCGCGGCGGAACCAUUGAUGGCUUUACGUAUAGUGGUCAAGUAGUUGAGGUACAACUAGCUAGCUGA